GAAGCAGAAAGGAAAAUUCUUCUCAACUAUGCCUCAAGAUACACCAGCAGAAGUGGGGGCCUUCAAAAAUCUGCCAGGCUAUUGGCAAAGUACUCUACCUUGGAAGGAAGCCGGAAGGAAAAUUCCCCUCAAUUAUGCCUCAAGAUAUACCAGCAGAAGUUGAUGCCUUCAAAAAUCUGCUAAUUUACCCUUCAGGGUCAUUAUCUGGAGAUGCUAUUCAUUUCCGGGUGUAGUAAGACUGUAGCAGACUGGAGUAAUAAGGUGAAUAGCUCUGGGGUGAUGCCCAUUGUAUUUUCUACAUCUUCAUUGCCCCUCCCCAGGACUGUUGCACGCUUCAUGGGCUUGGCUGCACUGAAGAAAGCUGCUGUCACUCUGAACCCCUGUGGUUCUCUAUACCUUCCAACCAACAUACUAUUAAUAUCCCGUCUCACCUCAAGAAAAUCUCUCUCUGCUACCAGGUUCCAAAGUUCUCUAUACCUUCCAACCAACAUACUAUUAAUAUCCCGUCUCGCCUCAAGAAAAUCUCUCUCUGCUACCAGGUUCCAAAGUUCUCUAUACCUUCUGACCAACAUACUAUUAAUAGCCUUCCUCAACUACUACUACACUUUCCUACACUUGGGCCCUGAUGAUAUGAGUGAACAGCUGAAACGCCAAGGAGUAUCAAUACCCCUUGUUCAACUGGGUAAAACUACAGCGGCAUUCAUGAAAACGCUUUUGGCACAAAUAUAUUGGAAGUUGCAAGACCUGAAAGAAGGAGAAGGUGGAGCCGGAAGGAAGUUCUCCGGUAUACUUGCUAUGCUUCAGUCCAGUUUGCCAUAGUACAGGAAGCAGAAAGGAAAAUUCCCCUCAACUAUGCCUCAAGAUACACCUGCAGAAGCGGAGGCCUUCAAAAAUCUGCCAGGCUAUAGGCCAAGUACUCUACCUUGGAAGGUGGAUGUGUGGGGCAUGUUGCCAUCAUUUUAUCCUCUGUCCCCUUAGUGCUUGGCAUCGUAUAUGUUCGGCUAGGUGAUCAUUAUAAAUUCUAGGAUUUUAUCAUAUUAUGAUAGGAUUAAGAGAGAGAAAUAUAACAUGCUCCGUAACAAAAAAUUUCAUGAAGCAGAAAGGAAAAUUCCCCUCAACUAUGCCUCAAGAUAUGGAGGCCUUCAAAAAUCUGCUUACUAACCCUUCAAGCUUGGUAUCCGGGGAUGCUAUCCAUUUCCAAGCAUAAUAAGACUGCAGCAGACUGGAGUAAUAAGGUUCUAAAUGUGAUCGCAAAGUACCCUUUUCCAUAAGGCUACAUAGUCUGUCGUAGUAAUUUAAGGAUCCGUCUUACAUGUGCUAGUCGUGAUCUGGCUGAGUUCCUUGUUUCUCUAUUUUCUUCUGUUUUGCGCCUAACUUUAUGUGAAGUGCGGUGGUCUAUUCUAUGUAUUGAGUCUAGUUUUCUGUUUCCUCGUUUCCAUUUCCUUGUGGAGAUUUGCUUUACUUCAAUGAAAUGGAUGGAUUGUAUGACACAUCUUACACUUUUCAGUAGACCAUGGGUGAACAUAUAUUGCUUUUACCCAUCUUUAUCCAUUCUCCUCUUGUUGCCUCUUCUUGUAAGUUAGGUUAAAGUGUUGCUUGCAAGUGACUUUUAAUGAGAUAAGUACCUGGGGAGAUAAUCUAAAUGCAAUUUAAGUACCUCGUUUUGUCCAUCUAUCCUGGAGUAGCAUGAGUGGAUAAUUUAGGCUUCUGGGCCAAUCAUUUCUGCACUUCUCUCUACGAGUUUAAUAUGCUGAUUAACUUUGUCUGUAAUCUGUAGAGCCAAAAUAUCCUACAGAAUGAUAGUGCAUUGUGAGGAGCGCGGCAAGAGUUCAAACAUAGCCAACCAUUUUGAAGGAUACCAGAUACCAUAGCUUGUGUAUACAUUUCAAUAACUGUUUGCCAACCCAGGAAACUACUUUUUGAUGUCAACUUUUAUGUGCUAUAGGUAGUACAUUGUACAAAGUUGUACCUACAUGAGUGUACUGCUUGCGGAUAUCGAUUGUUAUCCACCUUUUGGUUGGAAUUGGAACGA